UGAGAUAAAACCCUAUAUCGAAGUAUCGAAGAACCAUUUCAAGGAUCAAAGACUCUCUCUCUAUCUCUCUCAAGCUUUCAUCAAGACUUUCUCAUUUCCGUUCUUCUUUCUGUCGUCUCCAUUUCUUCUGCUCUCUAAACUUAUACGCUUAGCUCGGGACUACAAUUUUCAAUAACAAAUGGAAGAAAACAGCGAUUUGGAGGAAUAUACGAUGACAGAACAAGUUUCCCCAACCCAAGAUCAAACUCUUCCACUACUAUCGAAAGUUGAAGUAUUGAAGAGCAAGAUUAAGAAUUUGAGCAGUGAGCAUGCGCAACUGUACAAUCAAGUGAAAGGGUUUGUCACUGAAUCAUUUCCUGGUCCUGAAUUGUUUGGCGCACUUAAUUAUCUAGGUACACAGUACGAUGUUUUGGAAAAGAAACAUGUUGAAGAAUGUGAACUUUUAAAGAAGAAGUAUCUUGAAGAGUCUUUAGAGAGGAAGCGGCUCUAUAAUGAAGUGAUCGAGCUUAAAGGGAAUAUUAGAGUGUUUUGCAGAUGCCGACCGUUAAAUGAGGGUGAAAUAAAAAAUGGUUGCACUUCUGUAGUGGAUCAUGAAUCCUUGGGGGAGAAUGAGCUUCAGAUUAUUUGCUCUGAUUCUUCCAAAAAGCAGUUCAAAUUUGAUCAUGUAUUCAGGCCUGAGGAUGACCAAGAGGCUGUUUAUGCUCAAACUUCCCCAAUAGUUACAUCUGUACUAGAUGGGUAUAAUGUCUGUAUUUUUGCAUAUGGACAAACUGGCACUGGUAAAACAUUUACAAUGGAAGGAAUUCCAGGAAAUAGAGGUGUUAACUACCGAACCUUGGAGAAUUUAUUCAGGAUUUCUAAUGAAAGGCGUGGAGUGAUGAGAUAUGAAUUGUAUGUAAGCAUGUUGGAAGUGUACAAUGAGAAGAUAAGAGACCUACUUGAAGAGAACUCCAAUCAACCUUCUAAAAGAUUGGAUAUAAAGCAGUCAUCGGAUGGAACACAAGAAGUUCCUGGACUAGUAGAAGCUCGUGUUCAUAGUAUUGAUGAAAUCUGGGAGCUGCUUAAGACAGGAAGUCGAGCCAGAUCCGUUGGAUCUACUAAUGCUAACGAGCUUAGCAGCCGUUCUCACUGCCUGUUGAGAUUGACGGUUAAGGGGGAGAGUUUGAUAAAUGGUCAACAGACAAAGAGCCACCUUUGGCUUGUAGAUUUGGCUGGAAGUGAAAGGGUGGGGAAGAUCGAAGUGGAAGGAGAAAGGCUGAAGGAGUCUCAAUUUAUAAACAAAUCCCUCUCAGCACUUGGUGAUGUCAUCUUUGCUCUAGCAUCCAAAACAGCCCAUGUUCCUUACAGGAACUCAAAACUUACACAUAUGCUACAGAGCUCCCUUGGUGGAGAUUGCAAGACUCUAAUGUUUGUUCAGAUGAGUCCAAGUUCAUCUGAUUUGGGAGAAACUCUCUGCUCUUUGAACUUUGCAAGCCGUGUACGUGGAAUCGAGCAAGGCCCUGCUCGAAAACAUGCUGACGUUUCUGAUCUUCACAAGUAUAAGCAACUGGCAGAGAAAGCUAAACAUGACGAAAAGGAAAUGAAGAAAUUGCAGGAUAGCAUCCAGUCAUUGCAACUUAGGCUCUCUGUUAGAGAACAGAUGUGCAAAACUUUUCAAGAAAAGGCUCGAUUCAUGGAGAACCAGUUGGAAGAAGAGAGAAAAAUGAGAUUAAAACAAGAAUCAAGAUCCUUGGCAGCACCAUCAAAGGCGGAGAGGAAACCGCCACUUGCUCCUCCCUUGAAACAAAGGCAGCCUUUAAGAAGGGUAACGAACAUCAUUCCAACUCGACUGCCAGUAUCUCCUCAUCCAUCGGCUAAACCAUCAUAUUCCAUGGUCCGUCGUCAUCCCAUGUCUUCAUCUGUCGACAAAGAAAAUAAGUCGGAAAUUUCCACGACUAGAACCAUUCAAGCGAGACGAAGUUCAUUCAUCCCACAGAAAACAAAUUCUGCUGCGCUUCUUCUACCGAGAAGGACAGAAUCAUUGUCGGGCUCGGACUCGAACUCGAUAAUUACACCAGUUCUCCCUGUGGUUUCGAGGGUUAGAACUGGACGACAGUCGUUUGUAUGGGACCGGGAGAGGUUGUGGCGAACUUCAAUAGUUCCUCCUCCUUCUCCGAUGUUGCAGCAAGUAAAGGGGAGUUCUCCUGCUGUUAUGGGUGCAAUUAAGAGGAAGAGUUUGGUUUGGAGUCCACUUAGGACGAAAGUCAUGAGAAAUGAGAGAAGGAAUUCUUACUUUAAGUAGUAGUGAUUGUAGGCAGAUUUAAUAUUCAAUGUUCCUUUUGUACUUGCUAAUUCUGACUGGAUAUCGGUUUGUUUCUUGUGGCAUGACACAGAAACUUGAUUUCUGUUUGUUAUCGAAACCAUGUAUUUGAAUGAUGGGUAGAUAAUGAAUGAAAUUUGUUAUUGUUACCUGAAA